GCUCACGUUCACACAUUGGUGAAGAGGCUGGUCUUGCAAUGCCUUUGAAUAUUUUACUUUUAGGCAGUUCCUCAUCAGUCAGCCACACGCAUCCGAGGCGAGCUGAAGCUAACUACAGCCAUGGACAGCACUAGGAGAUCUCAAAUCUAAUCGCACGCAUCAUUCCUCCGGGAUAUUUUUUAAAUUCCAUAUCUAAACACGCUGACAGGCAGCUGCACUCGCACACACUCACACACACACACACACACAUCCACACGUCGCAGAGCCGCCAAGCAAACACCUUGUCUCCUCUUGCAGGAUAUACCCGCUCACACACAUCUCUCUUUAUCUCCUCCUGGCUUCCCGGAGGAUCCUGCCGGCUGUUUUUCAUGGAGAAAGUCCAGGGAGAAAUGGAGAUUGAGAGAUGGGAAAGAAGUGAAGAAAUUUCAGACGCAGAAAAAAAGGUUAUUCAAGAGAUAUGGAGCAGAGUAUAUGCAAACUGCGAGGACGUUGGGGUCUCCAUACUCAUCAGGUUUUUUGUGAAUUUCCCCUCGGCCAAGCAGUACUUCAGCCAGUUCAAGCACAUGGAGGACCCGCUGGAGAUGGAGAGGAGCUUGCAGCUGCGCAAGCACGCUCGGAGGGUCAUGGGGGCCAUCAACACCGUGGUGGAGAACCUCAACGACUCUGAAAAGGUCUCCUCUGUGCUGGCCCUGGUGGGCAAGGCCCAUGCCCUCAAGCACAAAGUGGAGCCUGUCUACUUUAAGAAACUCACUGGUGUCAUGCUGGAGGUGAUUGCUGAGGAAUACCCCAACGACUUCACCCCGGAGGCACACGGAGCCUGGAGCAAGAUGAAGAGCCUCAUCUGCACCCAUGUGACAGCAGCCUACAAGGAGGUGGGCUGGGCUCAGUACCCCACUGCCACCCUGUGAGCGCCCAGGGGGCCACCAGAGGGGCAGGGAGGGCUUCGCUCCCCCCAGGACUUCACUCUGGUCUCUUCUCAAGAUCUUUGCUCGGUUUGGGGAGCCCGGUAGGGCCAGUUCUGUCAGCUGCCAAGUCACAAUUUGAUCUCCACGGGGUUUAAAAACAAACUAAAUAAGCCAAAAAAAAAAAAAAAAAGCCACAGAACCGUUAAGGGUGUGGGUGGGUCGGGGUGAAGCAGUUGCAGGGGAUGCUGGAAGGGGAUGCAGAGGGCGAGGGGAGAGCUUUGGUUGUUGGCUCCAUCUUCCUGUCCUGGCCUGUCCAUCACCACCUCCCAAAUCCUGCACCUCACUUGCACCAUCUCAAAGUCCCUUGCACAAGCGCUGCUGCCCCGUUCACUGAGGAACAACACAACCCUCAUUUUCCACGUGAGGCCCCUGGCUGAGCCUGCCUUUUGGGGGCACGCCUGGACACCUCCGACUGGCACCGAGAACACUUUGCUUUGCACUUUGGGUGUCACCUGGCAGGGCUGACAGCCAGAGCCACCCGGGGUGCCCACCACCAGGUGGGCAGCAGAGCCCACCCCUCCUGUCACCCACAGUCCCUGUCCUUGGCUGGCUGCUGCAGCCCCUCCUGGGGUGGGAGAGAAGCUCCCCCACAGCACGAGAGAGUGGAAGGAGGGGGAUGCCUUUGGGGGAUCCCUCGUGGCUCAGAGCAUGGCGUGUGGGUGGGAUCCCUGUGCCACACGUGGGGAGCUGGUGAGCCCACCCACUGCCCUGCAGCUCCCUGAGGAGGGGCUUGCCUGGUUCUUGAUGUGCCCUUCGGGCUGCUGUGGGUAGGUCUGCCUGCCCAGCUCUGCCCUCUCAGUGAGAAGGGGGUCAGGCUGUGACUAGGAGGAGGAAAGAUGGCACAGACAUAUCAGGAGGGAUUUCUGGUUAUGAGGAAAGGUCCCUUCUCUGUUAAACAUUGAUAAAUACCUUGUAUAGAGCAGAUUCCUGCCCUCGUGGUGAGACUGGGCUCCUCCAAAUAAAGUGCCUGGUGGAAUUCAGCCCAUGCAGGAGCUGUGUCCCUCCUGGGGACAGCAGUGCUCCUGCCUGUGCCUGACAAAGGCUAAUCCCACACCCCCCAGAACGUGGCUGCAGGGCUUGGAGCACUCACCCCGCCUCCAACACCAACUCCUCCUGAACCUCUGGGUCAGUCUGCCUGCUUUGUGCCUCAGUUUCCCCUGCAGUUAAGAAAAAGGGAGGAGGAGCAGCCCAAUUGCCUCCUUCCCUCAUGGGGUUGGAUUAAUAACAUUUCUGGGAACUGAAUGGCAAAGGAUUGAGGAUGAAAUGUCAGAUGUGCUGGGAAGCUUUGGACUCAUUGCCACCCAAUAUUUCCCUAAAGGCCUCUGCUAUUUUUAGAGCUCGAGCAUUAAGGGCAAUGUUAUCUGUGGAAGUGGGAGGAGGGUUCCCCUCUGAGAUUUCCUCUGGCCUCGCUCCACCGCUGUCCUGGAGAGCUGGCAGCCUCCUGAGAGACACCAGCUCCUCUCCUGGAUGCCAGCUGGACAGGCAGCAAGCCCAGAGUUCCAACUGGGAUCCCCACAGCCACCCUGGGGACAUCCCUGCACUGUGGGGACACUGCCCCAGGCUGACCUCCCUCCUGCAGAGCAGACAGACAGACAGAAACUCCUGCUUUGCCCACCUGUGCUUUUCCCCGUCCCCAGGAACAGAACAGGUUUGUGAUGUCUCAAAAGAGCCCCAGGACUCCAAUAAUGUCACUGCAGCCACGCUGGCCUUGCAGUCCUUUCCUUCCCACAUCCCACACUACCACUGGUGGAGAGGAGCAGUGGCACAUCCUGGGCACCCACGAGAGCUGGGUGGCAAUAACAGCUGGGCACAGCUGGCCCUGGCGUGGCAGCGUGCAGGAUCAGGGGGCUGUGAAAGGGAGGGACAGGCACAGGGUGACAGGUGAUGCUGCUGUGCUCACGGGGCGGGCUGCCAGUUAGAGUCAGCAUCCCCAAAAUUCAGCCUGCACGGGUGAAGGUGCCAAUGGCUGCUCAUCCCUCGGGGGUCAGUGCAGCAUCCCUCAAACAGCUGCUGCUGCUGCCUGGGGUGGGGAUGGAUGGGAAAAGCCUGUUCAGCCAUCGACUUCCCUCCAGGGCAGGACUGGAGAGGGAUCACUUGGAUCAAGACUGUUGGGGGAUGUUUGUGUGUGUGCACAUCACGGCACUCACGAGCUGACUGCCCAGAGGCCAGCAGCACAAGUUUCUGAGGGGUUCAUGCACUCCCUGUGCUCUGUGGAUGCUGGGCCAGGGAUGUUUCCCUACAGGGAUGUUUCAUCUUUAGACAAAAUUUGCACAUUAACCUUUGAGGUUAAUAAUCUCCAGGUGGGAAUUUUAUUUUUGCAGUGCAAACCCUUUCCCCUUCCCCACCUUCCCUCAACCAAAACUGGGCUCCCAGUCUGCAGAGAAGCCACUUUGGAGUGUCUGGAAAUUCUCCAUGUUCGUUCCCAACCUACCCGUGUGCCUUGGUUUUUGGGGAGCAGCAGCAGGGAGGUCCCCCCACCUUCCAUUAAACAGUGCUUUGGUUUCUCCUUUUUUUUUUUACAUCCCUAGAAAAAGCUGACCCGUGGCCUCCUGCGCCCACGUGCGUGUGUGCUGGGCUGGGGUUUUUUUCCAAGCACUCUUUCCUAAAACAGAUCCAGAUGUGUGCAGCUGCUGUCCCUUGAGGAGCACCCCCCCAUCAGCCAAACUGCAGGCCGCUCCAAGAGAUGCAAACAAAACCACGUUUAUUUUUAUCAGCUUCCUAGGAAGUGACAUGGAGCAGGAGGGCGGCCGGGGCAAGGCUCGGGAGGGAGGAGAUGGAGAUGAAAGGAGCAGCAGAGGAGGCAUUGCUGGAAUCCAGGAAUGUUCUCAUCUGGGGAGAGAUGGAGAUCAACAGAGUAAGGGAAAAGCACCAUUCCAGAGCGACAGGGCUGAUAAAUGCCACGUGGAAGAGCAGAAAGGGGGGCCGUGUCCUGGCUCUGUGCGUGGCUCUCUGGCACACACACAUCCAUUCCCCAUCACUGCUCCCCCCAGCCCCACCACAGCUGACUGGGGGCCCCUUUAUCCCCCUUUUGUUCAGCUCUUGCCCUCUGGGGCUUGACCUUUCACUUCCUGGCACGCUUAGGCCGAGCUAAGGGCACACUUAGGCUGAGCCUUGCUCUCCUUGGUGGCGGCAGGUAGGGACCGGCUCACAAAGUCCUUUCCCCAGAGCUCACAGGACAGAAUCUGAGGCUCAGGGCAGCACUGCCAGCACAUCUUGGGGGCCAGCUGGUCCCUGUGGAGGACCCCUGCACCCCCCAGACCCAGCCAGCCCCUGGCUCUGCCACGCCUUGGCAAUAUCACCAGGGCUUGGAGCUGUGACCCAGGUGGGAAAGCCUCUGUGCCCCCUGCCAGAGGUAGAGAAAUGCUGAGUGAGGAGGGGUUCAGUAUCCCUGGGGCAGGGUCCCCCUUGAGCACCCCGUGCUGGCUCUCCCUGGCAGCACCUGCUCACAUCAGCCAGCUCUUGUCCCCUCCCCUGCAGCUCGGUGUUUGGUCAGAGGGAGCUGGGCACUGGGGGAAUGGGAGCACUGGUUUGGGAGGGGGACAGAUCCCACCCACCAUGUCCCCCCUCCAUGGCCAACAUUCAUGGCAGGUUUAGCCCUGCAGACACCCAGCUAGAGAGACCCCCCAACACCACCAGAACCCUUAUGGGCCUCGUGCCACCAGCCUCAUCUUCUCUUGGGGGGUGACAAAUCCCCUGUCCCAGGGGAGUCCUCUCACAUCCCCUUUGUCCCGGGAAAGAGGUCACAGUGUGUCCCCGCUGUCCCAGGGGAUGCUCAGCGACUUCAGGGGGAGCCAGAUUUCACCUGGCUGGACUCUGGUGCCAGAGCUCAGCCUCCCCUGCUGCCCUGGCGUGGGGAUGUGUGGGCCAGCACCACCAAUGCCAGGCAGAGGGAUAAAAGGGAAACCCACGCGCUGACCUUGGACCAGCUUAGGGAAAGGGAGGCCCAAACCCACCCGCCUGGUCUGACCUCUGUGCCAGGCUGCCAGUUAUUUUCCAUAGCUGAAGUCGUCUCUAAUUGUUGGUAUGUCUGACCCAGCCCCAGCGUGACCCACAGACAUGAGCGUGGUCUGAUGUAACUCCGUGUCUUUCCUGUUCCUGCUGCAGAUCCUGUUCAUGUUCGUGUUCCUCGGCGCUUCCGUGCUGGUUUUAUACCUGCGUUCCGUGUAUAUGGGUGUAACUCGUUUUUUUCUUUUUUUGUAGGUUUUUAGUAUGUUUGUAACCGGACAAAAUGGUGUUAUUAAACUGAAACUUGUAUCUUCAGUGGAUAAAUCAAUCAAACCCCCUCCA